UGGUUGUCAAAGCCCAUUAAACGCGUUGGUAGUGGUGUUUUAAGCGGUAAAAUGUUACUAACUAUAAACCAACGCCGAAGGGGACAACUGCAGUGAAAGUAAAAUGCCUGAGCUAACGGAUCAACAGCUGAAGGACCGUGUGCAAAAAUUGGAAAAUUUGUUGAGGGCACGAGAGGAGCGAAUUGUUGCCCUUGAGACCGAGAAUGCCAUGCUUUAUCUUAAACUAGCGCAGUGUCAAGGGUCAGUGCGCUCUUGCCGACAUGAGUCCACUCAUUUUAGGCGCUUGUUUGAUGAGGAGAAAAGCUUAAGGAAGAAUUCUUUGCAAACGCUCAGAAUCUCCAAUGAUAAACUACAGGAAGUGAAGUUGGAGCUUCAUGAUCUGAAAAGGAAAGUGAAGAGUCUUCCAGAAUUACUUUCACAAGAAAUGGACAAGACUGCAAAACUAACUGAUCAGUUUGGCUCAAUGAAAAUGUCCAAUAUGGAAGGCCUCCAACAUAAGCUUCUCAAGACAGAAAUGGAGAUGGUUGAGUUCAGACAAAGAUACAUCCAAGAAAAGUCUCGGAGAAUGACAUUACACAACACUCUUGUGGAAAUGCGAGGCAAUAUUAGGGUGCACUGCCGACUGCGUCCCUUAAUCAGUCGCCUGGACUCCCCUGGUGAUGAAGAGUCGCUCGGUGUGGCAGGAACUCCUUCUGAAAGAGUUGUAGAACUUCAAGAUGAGGACAAACUUAUUGUGCGCCCCGCUAAGCCUGUUGGUGGCCAGAUGCAGAAGAAAGAGUUUGAGUUUGAAAGAGUUUAUGGACCUGACACUGACCAGAAGUCGCUAUUUGAUGACGUGAAACCUCUGCUGACGUCUCUGUUAGACGGGUACAAUGUGUGUAUCAUGGCAUAUGGUCAAACAGGUUCUGGUAAAACUCACACCAUGAUGGGAAGUCACGACUUGGACAUGGAGAUUGAUUCAGAGUCCCUGAAUAAGGACGAAGGGAUUAUUCCACGAUCAGCAAAGGAAAUGUUCAAACUCAUCUCUGAACGAGAAAAUCCUGAAGAGAGCUUCUCGUUGGAAAUGUCUGUAUGCGAGAUUUACAAUAAUGAAGUUCGCGAUCUUCUGGCGGGAAAAAAUGCUUCCAGGCUUGAUAUUGUCACGAGUAGUGAAGGAGCAACCGAGAUUCCAUCUCUUGUAACCAGACCCGUGAGGACUGUACAGGAGGUAAUGGCGGUUGUCUACUACGGUAUGCAACGGAGACACGAGGACGCCACAAUGGUUCAUGCUCAUUCCAGCCGUUCCCAUUUAAUAGUACAGUUGACUAUUUACACAGUCACUCAGACAAAACCAAGUACGUCCUCCUCGUCGAGUGAUGCGGCGCCUUCGCCCCCAGGCACUCCUACAAGAUCACGACGAACUCUGCCCCAGCCAUCAGCUGGGAACAGCAAUAGGUCCCAGUCUCCUGCGCCGAAAAGUAAAGCUGCUUCUGCAAGGCGUUCGAGGUCUCCAGCACCUGGCACCGCUGCCGCUGCUCGUUCCAGAUCUCCUUCUCCAACCCGGAACACUAAUUCCUCAACUAACGGAAGCCAGAGUGUGAAAACCAAGCUUCAGCUCGUCGACUUGGCCGGAAGUGAAUGUGUCGGAAUGUCUGGGGUAACCGGUGUAGCCUUACGAGAAACUUCGCACAUCAACAAAAGUUUGAGUGCCUUGGCCGAUGUGUUAGGGGCGCUGUCAGAGCAUCGUUCUCACAUACCCUACCGUAACACCAGACUCACUCACAUGUUACAGGAUACUAUAGGUGGUGACGCUAAGCUUCUUGUCAUGCUCUGCUGUUCUCCUGCCCAGCGUUUUAUCACAGAAACUCUACAGUGUCUUGGAUUUGGGUCACGUGCUCGGCAAGUGGCUCGUGGGCAAGCUAAGAAACGACGACCCACGUCGUUCGUUCCCAACACCCUGUCAAUAGAUCUCGGUAAUGUUGGAUCAUCAUCUUUGAGAGGGAACGGAAAUCUCUCUCCCAGGAUCUGGGAUCUUCGUAAUGGUGGUGGACGACGCAAAUCGAACUUUAAUUUUGAGUAAUACGCCGCCUCCUACGAUGCUCGAUGAUCAUCCAAACAGUGUUUAUGAUAAAUUCUGUUUUUCCUUUCCUUUUUACGUUUUCGACACCUUGGACACCCAACUAAUUCCAAACUUCCUUUAGUACCUAAUUUCAAGCCAUUUACGAAAACGUUUCACCUAUGUAGUUUUUCUUAAUGCAUUUACGUUUGUGCACUUUUCCUCGUUUCCUACUAUUUAUUUAUUUAUCGGUUGAAGCGGUUUUCAAAGACAUGAGAAAUCAAGUAUUUGUUUGCUCUGAAAAAUAUUCUCUAGUCUUGAGGUGUUACUUGACCUUCGCAAUGUGUUUGAUUAUGGAAAUAACGCUAUCUACACGGUUUUGUGGGUUCCUCUUUUGACUUUUCUUGAAAACUGCUUUUCAUUUAUUACUCUCUCUUCUUUAAAAUGAAUUACACUGGGUCUUUGAAGCUUUUCGUGAAUAAUCAUGUAGAAAUCCAGACACUUAUCCCAAACAUUUCGCUCAGAUGUAGUUUAUAGACAGAAGUAUUUAAAUUUUGUUGAAGAAAGCAGAUCAUUUCACCGAUAAACUAUUUUAUCAAACAGGAGAAAUAGCCACGUUUUUAUUUUUGUGUAGACAAAUGUGGAAUACUUAAUAUAUUUACAAAAACAUAAUAAAUGUCACAGUUUGA